AUGUACCUCAAAUCGGCUCUAUUCGGCAGCGCGCUGCUCUCGACAGCCUGCGCGCAUGAGAUCCUUUUUGGCCGCGACCUUCCAUUACCAGUGGCAGCCAAUGCAGAGUCAUACACCGACUGUGCUAAUGCCGCAUGGCCUCCAUCAAACGUUGGCGUGGAGCUGAUUCCGCAAGUACCGGACGAUGAGAUGCGAGCCAUUGUGAACGAGAUCAGCCCAGCCAACAUCGAAGCCACAAUCACCAAGUUAGUCUCGUUCGGAACCCGCCAUACACUGGCUACAUUCAACAGUUCAACGCGCGGGAUCGAUGCAGCAAGAGACUGGAUAGCUUCUGAGAUGCGGAAGUAUGCCGCGGAGAGCAAUGGCACGAUGACGGUGGAAGUACAAAGCUAUCUACAAGGAGUGGCCAGCAGAAUCCCCUUUCCCGUGUACAUCUCGAACGUGCUAGCAACUGCCAAAGGAAGUGAGGACCCGGAAAGAGUAUAUGUCAUGACUGGACAUUAUGACAGUCGCGUUACGGAUGUCCUCAACUAUGAAGCCGAUUCUCCUGGAGCCAACGACGAUGCAAGCGGAGUUGCCAUUGCGAUGGAGAUCGCGCGUGUCCUCGCAAAGCAUCAGCCGAAAUCAACGAUCAUUCUUGGUGCUGUAUCUGGCGAAGAACAAGGCUUAUAUGGCUCGACCUAUCUUGCACAAACCCUCAAGAACUCAAGUACCAAUGUCGAAGGUAUGCUUAACUGCGACAUUGUUGGUUCUUCAACUGGGGAUCGAGGUCAGAAAGAUCCAUAUACUAUUCGUGCUUUCGCACAAGGUGUUCCUCCUCUAUCUGCCGAGAACAACGUCACUGCAGCACGACGCCUCCAAAUUGGUGGCGAGAACGAUAGUCCGGCACGAGAGCUUGCGCGCUUCUCUGCCGAAGUUGCUGCCAACAAUGCCACCGGCAUGAACGUAGCCAUCAUCUACCGUUUAGAUCGCUUCCUGCGCGGAGGCGACCAUACUGGAUUUCUCCAGGCGGGUUAUCCAGCCAUCCGGUACACAGAGCCUAACGAGAACUUCGCUCAUCAGCAUCAAGACUUGCGUACCGAAAAUGGCACUGUUUACGGCGAUUUGAUUGAAUUUGUCGAUUUUGACUUCACAGCACGUGUCGGUAAAGUCAAUCUUGCGACGCUUUGGUCCCUGUCUCAGGCUCCUGCGAUGCCACGCAACGUUACAAUCGAUACCACAGUCUUGGACAACGAUUCGCGCAUCAAGUGGAUAGUUUCCAAUAGCACAGAUGUUGCAGGCUAUGAGAUUGUAUGGCGAUCCACCACAGCAAGUUUGUGGACUCGCAUGCUCGAUGUUGGCAAGGUCGGCUCAGUCGUUCUUCCGCUUAGCAAGGACAAUGUUAUCUUUGGCACCACAGCAAGCACCAAUACACUUUCAGGUAGUAUUUCACACACGAACAUCGAGUUGCAAUCUACAGUGCCAGUAGCAUUGCGCGACCAAGGACGUGUAUUGGGUAACGAAGAAAGUAAAAGCAUCGAUCCGAUUGAGUCCCUUCCUCAGCCAUCAACUGCGGUGUCGGUAGUUGAACGAUGGAACCAUCCGAAGGCCAAUAUAUACCGCACAUUUGCUAUUCUGUUCGCCUUUACUAUCAUGGGCGCGAAUGAUGCCGCUUAUGGUGCCAUCAUUCCUUAUCUUGAAGGUUACUACAAUCUCACAUAUGUCGUGGUGUCCCUGGUAUUUCUCUCUCCGAUGGGUGGCUAUGUUAGUGCUGCCCUUUGCAACAACUGGCUGCAUGUCCGUCUUGGUCAGCGCGGAAUUGCUUUCGUCGGACCCAUCUGCCACCUUGUGGCCUAUGUAGGCAUAUCCCUCCAUCCGCCCUACCCUGUCCUGGUAGUUCUGUUUAUUUUCUCUGGUUUUGGCAACGGCAUCGAGGACGCAGCCUGGAAUGCCUGGGCAAGUAGUUUGGCCAAUGCGAACGAGGUCCUAGGAUUCUUGCUUGGCUUCUAUGGUCUUGGGGCUUUGCUGGGUCCGCUCGCUGCUACAAGCUUGAUUGCGAAGCGCGGAUGGCAGUGGUACCAGUUUUACUACAUUUUGCUUGGGGGAGCAACCAUUGAGCUUGCAACAUCUCUCUGGGCCUUUUGGUCAAGAUCAGGUCAAGUGUAUCGCGAACAGAACCCUGCUACGAAUGCAGCGGGUAAAGGCCGUCUUAAGCAAGCGCUCAAGAGCCGCGUCACCUGGGUGGCAUCUAUCUUUCUCUUUAGUUAUGUUGGAGCUGGGGGAGCGCUUGGAGGUUGGAUCGUGACUUUCAUGCGCCGAGAGCGAGCCGGUGGCGAGUUUGAGUCUGGUAUUGUCGCUACUGGAUUCUGGACUGGCAUCGCUGCCGGACGUCUCAUCUUGAGCUUCGUCACUCCAAAGCUUGGUGAGAAGUUUGCUGUCCUGGUUUAUAUCAUCAUCGCCAUCCUCUGCCAACUUAUCUUCUGGCUCGUCCCGUCGUUCCACGUCUCAGCUAUCUUUGUUGCACUACAAGGGUUUUUCCUUGGCCCAUUGUUUCCAGCGGUCAUCGUUGCAACAACAAAAGCUCUCCCGCCAUAUCUCCACGUCUCCGUGAUCGGGUUUGCUGCCGCAAUCGGUGUCGGUGGCGGCGCUGCAUUACCCUUUGCUAUUGGAUCACUGGCUCAAGCAAAGGGUCUUGGUGUCUUGCAGCCCACAAUCCUCACUGUUCUCGUAGUGCUUUUGGUACUAUGGCUCUGCUUCCCAAAAUUAGGAAAAAAGAGAGUGGAAGGAGAUAUACCCCUAUCAAGGCCAGAGGAGCCGCGGAAAUGGUGGCUUAAUUUAGAUUUCGACCUGAUUGAAACCGGAAGACACGCCAUUACGAAGGCUCGGGGCUGCUAA